AUGUCAUUGGGACCACAAGCACAGGCAAAUCUUGAACAAAAAACAGUGCUCAUCACUGGGGCGUCUGCGGGCAUUGGCGAAGCCAUUGCGCGUGAGUUUGUGGAGGCAGCCGGAGGCAACAUCAGGCUAGUGCUGGCGGCCAGAAGGGCCGACAGACUGGCAGAAUUGAGCCAGCAAUUAAAGCAGAGCGGGGCCCAAGUUCAUACUGCAGGUCUCGAUGUCAACGAUGGAGCAAAGAUCGACGCGUUCUUUGCAGCUCUUCCGUCGGACUACCGUGACAUCGACGUGUUAGUGAACAAUGCUGGGAAGGCGUUGGGAGUUGAGCACGCUGGAAACAUUAGGGAUGAAGAUGUUGAGGAGAUGUUUGCAACAAACGUUUUGGGGCUGAUCAAGAUGACACAGACGGUGAUUCGGGGUAUGAAGGAGAGGAAUAGUGGGGAUAUUGUGCAGGUUGGAUCUAUAGCUGGGAUUGAGAGUUACCCUGGGGGUAGCAUCUACUGCGCGACAAAGUCCGCUGUGCGGAGCUUCACCCAAGCAGUGCGGAAGGAGCUGAUCAGCACCAAGAUCCGGGUGAUGGAGAUCGAUCCCGGCGCUGUGGAGACGGAGUUCUCGCUGGUGCGCUUUGGCGGCGAUGCCACAAAGGCCAGCAAGGUGUACGAAGGCUACGAGCCGCUGAGUGCGAAGGACAUUGCAGACGUGGUUGUGUUCAACUGCAGUCGGCGGGCGAACGUGGUUGUGGCGGAGUCGGUGGUGUUUCCAAGUGCGCAGGCGGGAAGCUACCAUAGACAUAGGAGUGAGCCAAGGGAGGGAACAGAGAGGAAUUAG